GGGACCCGGGCCCGAGCCGGAGGAGGGGGCGGCCGCGGCCCCCGCCUCUGCGCGCGAGUCCCCGGGCACCAUGCUGUCGGGCUCUCCCGGCCAGACCCCGCCGGCGCCGUUCCCCAGCCCGCCACCGCCCGCCCCGGCCCAGCCGCCGCCGCCGUUCCCCCAGUUCCACGUCAAGUCGGGCCUGCAGAUCCGAAAGAACGCCAUCACCGAUGACUACAAGGUCACCAGCCAGGUGCUGGGCCUGGGCAUCAAUGGGAAGGUGCUGCGGAUCUUCGACAAGAGAACCCAGCAGAAAUUCGCCCUGAAGAUGCUCCAGGACUGCCCGAAGGCGCGCAGAGAGGUGGAGCUGCACUGGAGGGCCUCCCAGUGCCCCCACAUUGUGCACAUCGUGGAUGUCUAUGAGAACCUGUAUGCCGGCAGGAAGUGCCUGCUGAUCGUCAUGGAGUGUCUCGAUGGUGGAGAGCUCUUUAGUCGAAUCCAGGACCGAGGAGACCAGGCAUUCACAGAAAGAGAAGCAUCAGAGAUCAUGAAGAGCAUCGGCGAAGCCAUCCAGUAUUUGCACUCGAUCAACAUUGCUCAUCGGGAUGUUAAGCCUGAGAACCUCUUAUAUACUUCCAAAAGGCCCAAUGCCAUUCUGAAACUCACUGAUUUUGGCUUUGCCAAGGAAACCACCAGUCACAACUCUCUGACCACUCCGUGUUACACACCAUACUAUGUAGCUCCGGAAGUUCUGGGCCCAGAGAAGUAUGACAAGUCCUGUGACAUGUGGUCCUUGGGUGUCAUCAUGUAUAUUCUGCUGUGUGGGUAUCCUCCCUUCUAUUCCAAUCAUGGCCUUGCCAUCUCUCCGGGUAUGAAGACUCGUAUCCGAAUGGGCCAGUACGAAUUUCCUAACCCCGAAUGGUCAGAAGUGUCAGAAGAAGUGAAGAUGCUUAUCCGGAAUCUGCUGAAAACAGAGCCCACCCAGAGAAUGACCAUCACAGAAUUCAUGAACCACCCCUGGAUCAUGCAAUCUACGAAGGUCCCUCAGACUCCACUGCACACCAGCCGUGUCCUAAAGGAGGACAAGGAACGGUGGGAGGAUGUCAAGGAGGAGAUGACCAGUGCCUUGGCUACGAUGCGUGUUGACUAUGAGCAGAUCAAGAUAAAGAAGAUAGAAGACGCAUCCAACCCUCUGCUUCUGAAGAGGCGGAAGAAAGCUCGCGCCGUGGAGGCUGCGGCCCUUGCCCACUGAGCCGCUACGUUUACCACCCCACGGGAGGACAAGCAAUAACUCUAUAUGAAUAUAUUUUUUAAACAAAGAGACACAAGUUGCCCACUUCUGCCUCCUGUCCUCCUGAGCUACGUGGAGCCCAGAUAUGCCUCCAGCUGAAUUCUGCCCUUGGCUCUGGCCUUCCUGAGGGGGGCUGGAGGAUGUAUGAGGAGGGGUGAGGUGCUCUUGAGCCCGUGCUCCUUUUGCAUUUUAUCUGUAAUUGACGUAGAAUUUUUAUGGAACUUCUUUUAUUGCCCUUUCCCCACUCCUCGUCCUUUCCCCAAGUCCAUUCCCAUCUGCAAAGGCUAGGGUUUACCCAGGGUUCUGGAAGUUGUUACAGGGAAUGUUCCUGGGUUGUCCCAUCUGUCCUCCCAGACCUCCUACCGGAACCUGGGGUCCUGCUCCAGGGAGAGGGAGGAGUGGCAGUAGGUGUCACUCGCCUCCUGCUGAAGCCCUCAGACAUCACCAAUGUGCACAAGAGGAGCACGCGUGUGCAUGUGUGUAUGCCCAGGUCCGUGCCAGUGACUGGGCAUUGGAGGGUCUAGGGAAGACAGGGCUGCAGGGCUCCUGCUUGAGCUGAGCCUGCCUAAAUGCCUAGGUAGCUUGUCUAGAUCCAGAGCCAGGUAGUCAUGGCCUCUGUGUUAGCUGAGUAGCGGGGACAGUGGGUGGUGAAUGGGCACUAGCAGCCAUCAGGAAGACUGGGCCCCUUCUGGGUGCCUUGUCCAAAAGUAGUGCUGGUUCUAGGUCCCCGAGGCACUGGCCACCGAGCAGCCUCUGCCUGCCCUUCUUGCCAUUAUUAACCCACUCUUGUUGAGUUCUCUGAAAGUUUUAGCCAUUUCUCAAUGGGCUGUCUCUCCGCUCCCACGGGUGAGCCUGGGAAGGUUAUUCUGUAAGGCGUUUGUAUUUCAUGCAUCUCCCCCCAGCUCUGGGGUACCUGCCAACCUCCCUUCUUUGGCAAGGGCAGGACCACGUGUGGUCUUCCUGGUGGGCGGGGCAGUCUUCGCACCAAAGAUGUCUUGACUCUGUCCCUGCUCACUAGCCAUCUUACCCUCUAACAACUCAGCCUGGGUGGGGGUCCCCAGGAUUGAGGAGGAGUAGGUGGGAAAGAGUCUUUGUGCCAUGGUCCCCCAUGCCCCUCUCACUGGAGGAGGGGUGACUCCCUCAGGGGUUGGUAGAGGAGGGGCUCCUGGGCAUCUCUGGGCCUGGGGGCAGGGCCCAGAUGUCUGCAGCUCCUGCCUUGUCUUUGAUGGUGUGUUCAGCACUCAGACUGUUGUAAACUGUUGUUUUGUAUGAGCAAAAUUGUCUUUACUAAACAAAUUUAAUAGUUGAAA